AUGGCGGCGGGGCCCGGGGGCGGCUGGCCGGAGGAGCGGUUCGGCGGGACGGCGUCGUUCUGCGGAGGGGACCGGAGGGGGUCAGUGCUGAGCCCCCCUCCCGGCCUGGAGCGCUCCCAGGGCCGCAGCCUCGGCCCUUCAGGACUAUGUCAACGAGUGGAUAUUCCUGAUGACCAAUCUGGCAAAUUGCUGUUAGCAAACUGGGGUCUUCCCAAACCAGUCCUGGAGAAAUAUCAGGGUUUGGGAGUAUUUCGUAUGUUCCAGUGGCAAGCAGAGUGCCUAAUGGUUGGACAAGUCCUGGAAGGAGACAAUUUAGUUUACUCUGCUCCUACAAGUGCUGGGAAAACACUUGUUGCUGAAUUACUUAUACUGAAGAGAGUUCUAGAAAUUCGCAAAAAAGCUUUGUUCAUUUUACCCUUUAUCUCUGUGGCUAAAGAAAAGAAAAAAUACUUACAGGCUGUGUUCCAAGAAGUAGGUGUGCAAGUGGACGGUUAUAUAGGCAGCAUUUCUCCUGCUGUCCAUUUCUCUGCUCUGGAUGUUGCUGUUUGUACUAUUGAGAGAGCCAAUGGUCUGAUCAAUAGACUCAUAGAAGAGAAAACGUUGGACUCACUGGGAAUAGUAGUUGUGGACGAGUUGCAUAUGUUGGGAGAUUCUCAAAGAGGGUAUCUACUGGAGCUCCUGCUGACAAAAGUUCGCUUUUUGACUGAAAGAAUGAAGAACAAAGAAACAAACAUAGUCAAUCCUCUCUUUAAUGGGAUACAAAUUGUAGGCAUGAGUGCCACCCUUCCUAAUCUGGGUCUUCUGGCCUCCUGGCUAAAUGCAGAACUGUACCAUACAGACUUCCGUCCAGUGCCGCUUGUGGAGCAAGUGAAAAUUAGCAGCAAGAUUUAUGACUCCUCGAUUAAAGUUGUGAGAGAAAUUCAACCUAUGAAGGUAAUGAGAGGUGAUGAGGAUCACAUAGUGGGUUUGUGUUAUGAGACGGUUCAAGAUGGCCAUUCCGUUCUUGUUUUCUGCCCAUCUAAGAACUGGUGUGAGAAGUUGGCAGACAUUAUUGCCAGGGAGUUCUACAAUCUGCAGCACAAGUAUGUUCAAAAGAUGUCCACCUUUUCACCAGUUAUGCUGGACACAGAGGGGAUAGAGGAGUUGAUGGGUCAUCUAAAGCGUUCUCCUUCUGGCUUGGAUUCUGUGCUUCAGCGGACAAUAAAAUGGGGUGUUGCUUUUCACCAUGCAGGUCUUACAUUUGAUGAAAGAGACUUAAUUGAAGUAGCUUUUCGUCAAGGAGUGCUACGAGUCCUAGUAGCGACGUCUACACUUUCUUCUGGGGUGAAUUUGCCUGCACGACGAGUAAUUAUCCGAACCCCUGUGUUUGGGGGCAGAUCACUGGAUGUCUUGACAUAUAAGCAGAUGGCUGGUAGAGCUGGAAGGAAAGGAGUAGAUACCAUAGGUGAGAGCAUUCUGAUGUGCAAGCCCUCUGAGAAAGCAAAAGGAAUUGCUCUGCUUCAGGGCUGUCUUAAGCCAGUGCACAGCUGUUUGCUCAACGGAGAAGGGAUUACUUCCAGUAUGAUACGAGCAAUCCUUGAGAUCAUAGUAAGUGGCAUAGCUAACUCUCCAGAUGACAUCCAAAAUUAUGCUUCCUGUACACUUCUUGGUGCUAGUUUGAAAGACUUCCAGGGAUGCGGAAGCAAGCAGGAAAGAAUUUGUCAUGGACCUAUUGAUGCUUGUAUGAGAUGGUUGCUUGAGAAUGAAUUCAUCCUGAUUUCAGUCUCCAAUGUGGGGAAAGAAAUGUAUUGUCCAACACAUCUUGGCUCUGCUACCCUGUUUUCCUCCUUUUCUCCAACAGCAGCACUGGAAAUUUUUGCUGAUCUCCAGAGAGCAAUGAAGAGUUUUGUCCUAGAGAAUGAUCUACAUAGUCUUUAUUUGGUCACGCCUGUUUAUGAAGACUGGGCCAAAAUAGACUGGUAUCGGUUCUUUUGCUUGUGGGAGAAAUUGCCAGCCUCAAUGAGAAGAGUAGCAGAGCUGGUUGGGAUUGAAGAAAGCUUUUUGGCCUGCUCUGUGAAGGGCAGAAUCAUUGCUAGAACAGAGAAGCAGCACAGGCAAAUGGCCAUCCAUAAAAGAUUUUUUACAAGCUUGGCCCUCCUGGAUUUAAUAAAUGAGGUUCCUUUAAUGGAUGUUGCUAAGAAAUAUGGUUGUAGCCGUGGACAGCUUCAAUCUUUACAGCAAUCUGCUGCUACUUAUGCAGGGAUGAUUACCAUUUUCUGUAAUCGGCUGGGCUGGCACAAUAUGGAACAACUGCUCUCUCAGUUUCAGAGUCGCCUCACUUUUGGAAUUCAGAGAGAGCUCUGCAGUCUUGUCCAGAUACCUCUGCUAAAUGCACAGUGUGCCAGAGCGCUUUACAAUGCUGGUUUUCUCACAGUGGCUGAUGUAGCUACAGGGAAGAUUGCUGAGGUGGAAAAUGCUCUCAGGAAUGCAGCACCAUUCAGGAGCACUCGUAGGGCAGUAGAUGAAGAUGAACAGGCUGCUGAGGAACGGCUUAAUGCCGGCUGCAUCUGGAUAGCUGGGCUGAAGGGUAUAACUGAGCGCGAAGCAGCCCAGCUUAUUAUUGAAGAGGCUCAAACUCUGUUAAAGCAGGACUUGGCUCAUUUGGGGGUGCAGUGCAACCCCAAUGCCUCUCUCGUAUCAGGUGCAUCGUGCACAUUUUCCACAAAUAGCCAUAAUAGAAUUUUAAUAGGCAACAGUGUCAAUUCUCAACCUAUGAAUGCAUCGUGUGUUAAACAAAGAAAUAAGAGGCUGCUAGAUGCUAGUUCAACCAAUGCCAGACUUGAAGAGAACUUUCUGGUAGAUGGGAUUACGACAGAAGCAAGAGAUGCUGGCAUGUACUCUAGUGCAAGGAAACGGAUGAAUCUGGACAAAGAUGGAAAAAAUAUGACAGAUGCCUCUUUGAAACCAAAGUUGGAUGCCAGGAAAGUUGUGAAAAGUACUGAACAGAGGACAGGAUUGAAAGUUACUUCAAAGAAAGCUCAUGUUGCAACUAGUUCUAAAAGAAAGCUUGGAAUUCAUUUAAAGCAAUAUAAGGAUAAAAACACAUUGAGAAAAUCCAGUGGGAUGUUACAAGCUGCAGAUACAAGUGAAAUGGAUAAUCAUCCUGAUAAUUUUCUGAGGUAUUCUGAAUAUAUUGAAAACUCUUGUUCUCCUGAUCUAUAUUUUGUCUACAAAGAAUUUGAAGAAAGCUUUCAGUUGGAUACCCAAACAGAUAGGAUAUUGCAACAGCAGUUGACAGCUGAAACUACAACUAAACAAGUAAUCAAAGAAAGAAAACUAGUAACAAAUCCAGAUCAGAAAGUGUUUACUUGUACACAGUCUGCUAGUAUUUCAGAAACUGAUACUGUGUAUACUAAAGACAAGCAAGUGUGCAGAAAAGCACAUAUAAAGGAAACUAAUGUAGCAGGAAACACCGAUUUAUUGUAUAGUAAAGUGUCAGACUCUGGGGUCCCUCAAAUAAACCCUACUGAGAAACACACAGAAGCACCAGUUUGCCUUGAAAGAACCAGUUUUUCUGUUAUUGACUCUCAGUUUGAUAGCUUCUUACGAGACUAUCAGACUCCAAAUUUAGCAAAAGAGCAGGUAUCUAUUCUUCCAAAGAAGGCUUCCUCUUUUCUCUGUCAGAAACCACUCACUGUGGAUGCAAAUGAAAUUAAUCUUAGCAAUGAUAGCUUGCUGUUUGAUGAAGACUUUAGCCACGUUAAUGACGCCCAAGCUGUUGACAUUGGUGAAGAUGUUGACGUAGGGGCAUUUCCACGGAAGCAGGUUAUUCCUCCUCCACACAAAGCUACUUUGGAACACAAUGUCUCAGGUGAUCAGAACCUGGGGUCAAAUAAGGGUGUAACAAAUACCACUGUAAACCAGAAGAAGUCAGCAGUGUAUAAUGAGGAUGAUUCCAUAAUAUUGUCAGAUACUGGUCCUUCCCACAAAGCAGAAAGAUUAGAUAGUAUGGUUGCGCCUCCUGUUCAUAGAAACAUGCUCUGCAAUGUUAAUGGUCUGAAUGAGGCCGUUAAUGUUGGAAUCAAAAAUACUGAAAGGGGUACAGGUGAAAAUCCACGGAAGGAUGGUGAAGACUCUUUUUUUAACCAAGCAGGCAAAUGUGAUUUUUUAUUUGAUGUAAGUCCAGGAAUGAAAGAGGUUUUGGAUGGAUGGCCAAGCCCCUCUGGUGAUGAACCUGAAAUGGGCUCACAAAACAAUUUCUCCAAGAAUAAUGAUACAACCUCUGCCUUCUGCUGUGGCCAGUGUAAGUUAUCUUUUGGUAAAGAUUUUGAGAACAUAACUAGAAAGAUGGACAACAAGAACAAGACUUGUGCAUCUUUGCUAAUCAACAGAAAUGGAAAACCAGUUUCUUGGGCACAUGGGAACAAAAGGCCUCUUUCUCCAGUGAACCUCACAGGGGCCACUUUACAGGGCUUGGAACUACCUUUUGUGGCACAUCUACAAGCAAGAAAUGUGAACCCCACAGACAAAGUUCCAUGUAUUCAGCUCCUACAGAACGAAAAACUCGAUACACGCCUGCGAGUAGAAAUCUUUCAGCAUAAACCAGAAAAUGGAGAAAAUGUUAAGCUUCCACUGGAGGAUAACUCAAUUAUAGCUGAAGAUUUUUCUUUGCAGUUAUCUCAGGAUAAAGUUCCCCUACCAUCUUGCAGUACUGAAAAUUUCACUAUAAUUGAUGUGGUAAAUGAUAUGACUCUCUUCCAAACCUUCAUUAAAGAAUGGAAAACAAAAGAGAAAUUUGCUAUCUCUGUGGCUUGUGAAAGAGCAAAAGGCCUCCUGUCCCAUAGAUCAGCUAUUGGUACCAAGCUCAAACAAGGAAACUCUCUCCAGAAAAUAAAGCACAAAGAUGAUGGGUUUCCUAUUAAAGCCUGCAAAGACCUGUUAGUAGUUGGAUUAGCUGUGUGUUGGGGUGGAAAGGAUGCUUAUUACAUCUCAUUGCAACAGAAACCUGAAGAACAGAUAGAAAUCAGUGCCAGUUUGGCACCACCUCCAUUGGAUCGGAACUUGCCUGUAGCAGAGAGAUUACGGCACCUUCAGUUAUGCCUACAGGAGUCCAAGAGAGCAUUUUCACUCGCUAUGUAUGACUUCAUUCAGCACUACAAGAUUCUCCUGGAGGCCUGUGGCAUCUCUUUGGCAGGAUCUUUUGAGGACCCAAAGGUGGCAUGCUGGUUGCUGGAUCCUGGGUCCAAAGAGUGCUCCCUUCACAGCAUGGUUGCUAAUUUCCUUCCUCAGGAAUUAUUUUUGCUGGACAACAUUGGAGUAGCCCAAGAGAGACCGAGCUUGGGGCUCAGUGGCAGCACAGAUCAUUCUGGGCGGUACAGAGCAGCUGUAGAGUCUGUUCUUGUCUUCCACAUCAUGGACCAAGUCAAUACUCUGUUGCAUAAGGAUAACUUGCAAGAUAUCUUUCAUAAAGUGGAGAUGCCAAAUCAGUAUUGUUUGGCCUUACUCGAGCUCAAUGGCAUAGGUUUUAGUGCAGUAGAGUGUGAGGCCCAGAAGCAUGUUAUGGAAGCAAAACUGAAUGAGAUUGAGAAUCGGAUAUACCAGCUGGCAGGCCACAGUUUCUCCUUGACCUCUCCUGAUGACAUUGCUGAGGUGUUGUUUAUAGAGCAGAAGUUGCCAUCCGGUGUAGAUCCGAAAGUGCAAAGGGGCAAGAAAACAUUAGGUUACACUGGAAGGGCAACAGUAAAUGGAAACAGGAUCAGAUUGGGCAAACAGUUCAGUACAACCAAGGAUGUUUUAGAGAAAUUGAAGGAAUUGCACCCAUUACCGGGCUUGAUUUUAGAAUGGAGGAAGAUCACCAAUGCAAUAACCAAAGUGAUAUUUCCACUGCAGAGGGAGAAGGUUUUGAACCCAUUACUAGGAAUGGAAAGGAUCUAUCCUGUUUCUCAGAGUCACAGUGCUACAGGUCGCGUAAGCUUCAGAGAACCAAAUAUACAGAAUGUUCCUAAGGAUUUUGACAUUGAAAUGCCAAUCUUGGUUGAAGAAAGCCCUCCUUCCCAAAGACAACAGAAGGGGUUCAGUAUUCUAGGAAGCAGAGGUAGAAAGUAUUCUAUCCUACCAUGUGAGUCUAAGAAUAAGACUGAAAAGCUAUCCAACAGGAAAGGAAUACCAUUUUCUGUUAGCAUGAGACAUGCCUUUAUACCAUUUCCAGGUGGCUUGAUCUUGGCUGCUGAUUACUCCCAGCUUGAGUUGAGAAUCCUUGCUCAUUUGUGUUGUGAUGAUCAGCUUCUCCAGGCCUUGAAUGAUGGUACUGAUGUGUUCAGAAGCAUUGCAGCUGAGUGGAAGAUGAUUGAACCUGAAGCAGUUGGGGAUGAUUUAAGGCAACAAACCAAGCAGAUUUGCUAUGGAAUAAUCUAUGGAAUAGGAGCUAAAUCCUUAGGAGAACAGAUGGGUGUUGAGGAAACAGAUGCUUCAGACUACAUUGAAUCCUUCAAAUCAAGAUACCCAGGUAUUCGGAAAUUCCUGAAAGAGACAGUAAAGAAGUGCAGUCAGAACGGGUUUGUACAGACAAUCAUGGGACGGCGUAGAUACCUGCCAACAAUUAAGGAGUCAAACCCUUACAAGAAGGCUCAGGCAGAGAGGCAGGCUGUGAACACUGUUGUCCAGGGCUCUGCAGCAGAUAUUGUCAAAACAGCUACAGUAAAUAUUCAGAAACAACUAGAAGCUUUCCCUUCAGCAAUAAAAUCUUAUGGGCACUUGAAGAACUCAUUCCAUAAAGGAUGGACAGGAAAAUCACAAAGAACAGAAACUAGGCAGCUGAUAUAUCCCAGACAUGGAGGGUUCUUCAUACUUCAGCUGCAUGAUGAACUUCUAUAUGAGGUUGCAGAAGACAGCCUGAUUCAGGUGGCGCAAAUUAUUAAGCAUGAAAUGGAAAAUUCUGUAAAACUUUCAGUGAAACUCUUGGUAAAAGUCAAAGUUGGGCCUAGCUGGGGAGAUCUGCAAGAGCUGAAGCUGAACACUUGAAACAGAAGUUGGAACUGUGUUUUGCCCCAGUGAAGAGGGGGAAACGCCCCCACCCCCAUGUCUUCUACCAUCCACAGCCUGGACACUCGUUUUUUAAUAGCGAUCUUGGAGUUCAUUUCUCAGAUGUGUAUUAACCGUUAAAUGAAUUAACAUAAGCAAAUUUAGGAGGUUGCACUGCAUAGCUAGAAAUUACAAUGAAAUGCUUCAACUUAAGCAAGAUAUUUUAUUUAAUUCCUAUUAAAAUAUUUGAACA